AUGGAGAUUCACGAACUCACGAUCCCAUUGGUUCAGGAAGGAUACAGAAAUGGACGCCUGACUGCAGCCGGUCUGACUGCAGCAUACUUUGAUCGAAUUAAGGCUUUCGAUCGACAUGGACCUCGAAUCAACUCAGUUAUGGCCCUCUCAGACUCUGCCAUAGCUGAAGCGGAAGCUUUGGAUAAGUUCUUCCGUGAGACAGGGCAAUUCAAGGGCAAACUACAUGGCAUUCCAAUCUUGGUCAAAGAUCAAGCAGACACAAAGGGACUGCGAACUCAGUACGGCUCUGGAGCGACGUCAAACAACAUCCCGGACAAAGACGCCACAGUUGUACACAAGCUGAAAGAGGCUGGAGCCAUUGUUCUUGGUAAAACAAGCAUGUCGGAGUGGGCUGCAUGCUGGUUCAGCACCAACGGUGCAAACGGUUAUCAGUUCACCCAGAAUCCCUACAAAUCCGGCCACGAUGUUGGUGCUUCAUCUGGUGGUUCUGCAGCGGCUAUUGCGUCAAACUUUGCCGUAGUGGCACUUGCCGAAGAUACCGGUGGCUCAAUCCGACUACCUGCAUCUUACUGCAAUGUCGUAGGUAUUCGUGUCACUCCUGGGCUGGUUUCCCGGGCGGGCUUUUGUCCGUUGAUCAAAUCCCAAGACACCCCGGGACCAUUGGCAAGAAAUGUCAUGGAUUGCGCUUUGAUGCUCGACUGUAUGGUUGGUUUCGAUCCCCAGGAUGAUGCGACAGGCCUGGCUGCCAGCAUCUCCGCGCUCGGAAUUCCCAGAGGUGGUAGCUACGCAUCUGGACUAGGAGAGGGAGACAAGAAGCUGGCAGCUGCUAGAAUCGGUGUGCUCCGCGAACUCUUCGGUCCAGACUCGGAUGAACACUGCCAUGCAGUCAACAAAGUUGUCAACUCAGCCUUGGACAAGAUCCGCAGUACUGGGACGGAAUGCAUUGACGUCAACAUUGAGUCUUUGAAUGACGACUUGACGUAUGGGCAGAUCUAUUUCCAACAAUCCCGCCAUGACAUCAACAGUUUUCUCGCGACCAAGCCACACCUUCCACAGGACAUUGCGGAUAUGGUGCCCAGAAUUGUGCCAGAAGAUAAGCCAUUCCACGACAUCCUCUGCGGUUUAGCGCAUGGCCCCAAAGAUCCGAAGGAAGACCCCACGUACUUGGAUCGUCUUGCGAGGCGAGAAGGUCUCAAGAGGAAGACUGCCUGCCUCAUAGCGGCGCAUCAACUGGACGCACUGGUUUUUCCGGAUGUCAAAAUCCCGCCCCCUGCUAUUGCAGAGGCAACCUCAGACAGGUUCCGAAAGACUGGGUAUCCCACGAAUACUCUCCUGUCAAGUACUACCCGAUUACCCGCUAUGAGCAUACCGGUUGGGUUUACUGAUGAGGGGCUCCCAGUGGGAUUAGAAAUUCUUGGAUUGGAAUUUCAGGAGCAGAAGUUGUUGGAACUAGGACGUGGUGUGGAAAGCCUGCUUGGGGCAAGGCGCAAACCAAACUUCUGA